AUGAGUGACGGGCUUGGAACCCGUGUGCCCAAGGCCUGUCGGACCUGUGCCAAGGCUAAAAAGCUGAUGGGAACUGCAAACGGUGAGCUGAAAGUUGCUCAAGGAGAGAUUCUUCAGUCAUCACUAAACAGAACAAGAUGUCGGCGUUUAAAUAAGGAAUGUGGGAACCAAGCCCCUGGUGCACAUCGUCAUAAAUCCACCAAGAGCAGCUUGCAGGUGGCGGUUCUGGAAGAAAAGCUAGAUCGGAUGACCGCUUUACUCGCGACGUUAGAUCGCUCUUCUCAUGAUUUGCAGUCUGAUUAUCAUCCGUCGCCUGGACAGUACUCAACGUAUAUUGAAGAUUUUUCAACACCUAGUAAUCAGGAGGAGCAUAUUUUGAUGGAAGUGUUUUCUAAACGAAUGCUUCCUCUCUUCCCAUUCGUUGUCAUUCCAGUUGAUAUGACUGCGGAACAGCUGCAUCGAGAAAGGCCAUUUCUUUAUCUUAACAUCUCCAUGGUCGCUUGCCAAUAUGCUCCACGCCAGAGGCAGAUUACCAAGGCAGUUCAAGAAUAUAUCGCAAAGCAUAUCGUUCUACGCGGGGAAUAUAGCUUGGACCUGCUCCAAGGCCUCCUAGUUCAUCUGGCUUGGUUUAUCUCAAUCUCUCGUCAGCCAAAUCGGUAUGCCUCCAACGAAGCGACCAGUACAUUGGACUCGAAUCUCGCAUUUCAGGCCAAUGCAAAGUCCCAAGGUAGUUCUCAGCUAGAUGCCUUCGUGCAACUGGCAGUUGCACAGGUCGUUAGUUUGAGGCUUAAUCAGGGAUUAGUCUCCUUGAAAAGUCUGGACCGACCCCUAUCCUACCUCAAAGCUACUGAUCUAAACCCAGAUCAGAUACCAGAGCGUACUUUAGAAGAACGCCGAGCGUAUCUUGGAUGCUACUAUUUGACUUUAAUGUACCGCUAUUAUACCCCUCUCUUGCUCUAUGGACCGAUCCGAUUUACUAAGUACUCUCAGGAAUGCUGCCAAAAAAUACAAGAAGCCGCAGAGUUUCCCACCGAUAGCUAUCUUGUCCAACUUGUGCGAGUCAUGCGCCUCACUGACAAGAUCCAACACACUGUCUCUGUCGAUGAGCUAGACUCUCCUGCGAUUCUAUCAGCCCCGUUUGGCUUAGCUAUAAACUGGCAUCAAGCUGAACUUCAAGAGCUCAAAGGAGCUUUCUGCUGUGAGAAUCCAUACUCUUCUAUUUUGUCUUUUCAUUAUGAUACUCUCGAAAUGAUUCUAUACCGAGUGGCACUUAUAGAAGACUUCUCUGAUGCGCAAUAUGGCAACACUCCCAUUACUCAGGUUGAUCUUCUACUUGGCUGCUUGCAGGCCACCAAAUCCUUUUUUAAACAUUUUUACUCCCUUCCAUCCAUCUACCUGCCAUUUUUUCCUUUCACUUUCUGGGGCCAAUUUGGCCAAGCUGUUGUCACCAUGUCUCGUCUGCUAUUGUUUCAAGGGAACAAACUAGGAUGGGAUCGAGCCUAUGCCAAGAACAACAUUGAUUUUGACCAAAUUCUUGAUGAAUUGACGCAGAAACUGGAAGGUUUACGACCAGUUCUUAGUAAUGACUGGAGCCAGAGCAGUCCUGAGAUGCCGGAAAUAUUUGGGAGAAUGAUGGCAAGGAUAAAGCUAAUGAAAGAAGUGCAUCAUUCGAGGCUCAUAGCUCAAGAUAAAACCGAACUACAGGCUCUACCGGAACCCCCAGACUUUAGCUUCAUGUUGAACAUGCCCAUUGACUUGUUCUUUCCUUACGGUGACUACGGUGAGCUCCCAGAGACUUUACACUGA